AUGGCUGGCUUGCCUAUCGUAGCUCACAAUCCGAAUGCUUAUAACAAGAAGGAUUGUGGCGACGAGCCGUGCAUGGGGAAUUGCGCAGAGAACAUGCGAAAGAUGGAUGGUUCCAUUCUCAAUAUCCCUGGGCCAGGCAAUGGCCAGUCGAUGUGUUGGAGGAAGUCGUUCCGGUGCGACCAUCUGCGCGUGGCAGCAGUCAUGGUCCAGAUUCAGACUGAGAGCGGCCUCACGCGAAACCAAACACUUGAGGCUCAAAUGGCCGAGCUAGAGGGAUGUCCCAUCUACACGAUCGUCACCGACCAUGGCGUCUCCCCUCCUGGAAGCCCACAAGAGCUGUUUGAGUUCUUGCAUGGGGUCAUCAAAGCGAUGCGAAGUGCGAUGUGA